GGAUGUCUCAAUGAACCAGCUUUCAGGAAGCGUUCCUGCCAGUGUCAGUGCUCUCGCUCAAGUCACUUCCUUGAAUCUCCAUAACAACCAGCUCACUGGCUUCAUUCCUGCUGAGAUUGGUAACAUGACAAAACUAGUAAUCCUGGAUCUCGCCUACAACCAGCUGUAUGGGAGCAUACCAAGCACUCUCACCCAGCUCUCACAGCUCGCAUACUUGUCACUUGUCGCCAACCAGCUUAGCGGCCCCAUCCCGGCUGACAUCGGUGUUCUCACCAAGUUGUCAUUCUUGGCUCUUUCACGGAACCAGCUUUCAGGAAGCAUUCCUGUUAGUGUCAGUGCUCUCGUUCAACUCACUCUCUUGUAUCUGUAUGAAAAUCAACUCACUGGCUCCGUUCCUGCUAAGACUGGUAGCAUGAGGAACCUGGUAACCCUGAGUCUUCGUGACAAUGAGCUCACUGGCUCCAUUCCUGCUGAAAUUGGUAACAUGACAAAACUUGUAUUCCUGUCGCUCGCCUUCAACCAGCUGUAUGGGAGCAUACCAAGCACUCUCACCCAGCUCACACAGCUCACAUUCUUGAGUCUCCCUAACAAUGAGCUUACUAGCUCCAUUCCUGCUGAGAUUGGUAACAUGACAAAACUAGUAAUCUU